UCGGAGUCCGGCGCGUCGGUUCGUCUGCCGCCGCUGAAAACUUCUGCGACCGGAAAGCGAGCCUCUUAUUUUCGUCUUUCGGUUCCUCCCGGCGCCGUCGAGUCUCCAUCCACUUGUUAAUUUUUCUUUCUCGAAGACACAAAUGACGCGAGAAAAUUCGAGAGAAAGAGGAAGAAGUGUCGGCGGGCUCUCCAUCAGCUCUUUUUCACCCUCCCCGCACUUGGCACCCUCUCCGAGCGUUCGGGCUUCCGGCCAGCAAGAGAUGAAAGGCUGCCAAUGAGCGAACGCCACGAUAAGCACCGGCCAUGGCUGCCAAUCGAAUCAUCAGAGUAACAAACAACAACCACAUCCUCCCUCGCUGCAAGUCUGAGGGGACGCUCAUCGACCUCAGUGAAGGGGUCACUGGGGCCAGUCUCAAUGAUGUCAAAGUGCCUUCUCCCAGUGCCUUAAGGCUGGACACUUCUUCCUCCUAUGGAGCUGCACAGGAAGUGGUUGCCAUAAAGGAUUAUUGCCCCAGCAGCUUCACCACACUGAAAUUCUCCAAAGGCGAUCGCCUCUAUGUGCUGGACAUGUCAGGUGGAGAGUGGUGGUAUGCCCACAACAACACGGAAAUGGGCUACAUCCCAGCCGCCUACGUCCAACCGGUCAACUUCAGGAACUCUUCGCUUAGCGACAGUGGGAUGAUCGACAGUCUCGGGGAGGGAUACGAGGAUGGGUCGAAGGAGUUUGGAGGUUUGGGGGAAUGGACAGGCAUGACUCCGAAGCCCUCCCCAAUAUACAACAACAGCCCCUUCUCUGUGAACCCUUUUAUCUGUCCAUUAGAUCAAAAUUGCAAAGAUAUAGGUGUAAGGAACUCAGCAGACCUUAUUCUGUUUGACGCUCUGGCAUCUCCAUCAUCUUGCUCCAACUUUAACACUCGCACAAUCAAUGGGUUCAGCAGCUGCCAUAUUAACAAUACCACCCCCACCAGCCCAAACCAAGAGGUAGUACAUAACCUCCACAGGGAUAAUCCAUUUUUCAGGAGUAAACGUUCCCAUAGUCUUUCAGAACUGUCUGUUCUGCAGGCACAAUCUAAUCCAACCUUACCUUCUUCGGGAUUCUUCACAGGCCUUAAGGCUCCUUCACCAGAUCAGUUUCAGAGCAGGGAGGACUUUAGGACUGCUUGGUUGAACCACAGAAAGCUAGCCAGGUCUUGCCAUGACCUUGACUCCUUGGGCCAGAGUCCCGGGUGGGGCCAGACACAGCCGGUGGAAACCAACAUAGUGUGCAGGUUGGACAGUAAUGGAGGGGUUGUUCAGCUUCCAGACACCCAUAUCAGUGUACACAUCCCUGAGGGCCAUGUCAGCCAUGGAGACCAUCAGCAGAUCUCCAUGAAAGCCUUACUGGACCCUCCACUGGAGCUCAACACUGACCACUGCUCCACUGUGAGCCCUGUGCUGGAGAUAAAGCUCAGCAACAUGGAGACCAAGUCCUUUAUCACGCUGGAGAUGAAAGUAUCAGUAACUGUGAAGAAAGAGAGUUGUCACAUUGCUGAAGUGCUUUGUGUUCGCAGUGAUUGCAAAGAGGGGCCUUACAUACCGAUCCCUAAUGCUUACAUUUACAAGGAUACAGUCCAGGUGCAGUUGGAUAGUCUGGAGCCCUGCAUGUACAUGGCUGUUGUGGUUCAGUCACAGUACAUCAGCCAAAAUACAACUGUUUGGGACCAUUUGCAAAGGAAAGUAACUUUAGGUGUCUAUGGACCCAAGCACAUUCACCCAUCCUUCAAGACAGUUGUGGCCAUGUUUGGGCAUGACUGCGCCCCCAAGACCUUGUUGGUAAGCGAGGUGGGCCGGCAUGUUACCUCCGCUCCACCGGUGGCCCUCCAGCUGUGGGGGAAGCACCAGUUUGUACUGGGAUACCCUCAGGACCUGCAGGUGGGAUUGUACUCCAACAUGUCCAACUACCAGGUGAAGGCAAGCGAGGGCACCGGGCUGAUUCGGGGAUUUCAGAUCAAACUCGGGAAGGUCAGCCGGCUCCUGUACAUGAUAACAUCGCACAACCCCAACAGCAUCUCAGACUUCACUCUCAGGGUCCAAGUCAAAGACGCCCUCGACUGUAUCCUCACCCAGUUCUGUGUCCAGACUCCGCAGCCACCACCAAAGACUGGAGCAAGGAUAAUGGGUCAGAGAAGGUUCUUGAAAAAGAAAGAGGUGGAUAAGAUUGUUCUCUCGCCACUGGCUGUCACCUCCAAAUACCCAAAGUUUCAGGAGCGGUGCAUUACCAACCUGAAAUUUGGCAAAUUGAUCAAAACGGUGAUCAGGCAGCACAAGAGCAUCUAUUUGUUGGAGUACAAGAAAGGGGAUGUUAUUGCUUUGCUAAGUGAGGAGAAAAUCAAACUGCGAGGGCAGCUGCGGACCAAAGAGUGGUACAUUGGAUACUAUCAGGGGAAGAUCGGGCUGGUCCAUGCCAAGAACGUUUUGGUUCUGGGAAAGGUAAAGCCAAUUUAUUGGUGUGGGCCGGAUCUAACGACCACCAUGUUAUUGGAGCAGAUCCUGAAGCCUUGCAAAUUUCUUACGUACAUCUACGCAACCGUGAGGACGGUGUUAAUGGAGAAUGUGGGAAACUGGAGGGCGUUUGCAGACGCCCUGGGGUAUGGGAAUUUGCCGUUGAAUUAUUUUUGCCGGACCGAGCUUGACAAUGAGCCGGAGAAGGUGGCAUCAGUUCUGGAGAAACUCAAAGAGGAGUGCACCAAUAUGGAUAACAAGGAGAGGAAGUCCUUCCAGAGGGAACUCAUGAUGGCAUUGCUGAAGAUGGACUGCCAGGGUCUGGUCGCCAGGUUGGUCCUGGAUUUUGUCCUGCUGACCACGGCGGUGGAGGUGGCGUCGCGGUGGAGGGAGCUGGCCGAGAAGCUGGCCCGAGUGUCGCGGCAGCAGAUGGAGGCUUACGAGGCUCCGCACCGCGACAAGAACGGACUGCUGGACAAUGAGUCCAUGUGGAAGCCUGCCUACGACUUCCUCCUGACGUGGGCCGCCCACGUCGGGGACAGCUACCGUGACGUGAUCCAGGAGCUCCACCUCGGCCUGGACAAGAUGAGGAACCCCAUCACCAAGAGGUGGAAGCACCUGACCGGCACGCUCAUCCUGGUCAACUGCCUCGACACCCUCCGCAGUGCCGCCUUCUGCCCCACCGGAUACGGAGACUUUGCUGUCUGAACAUUUUCCUCCGGCUGGAGAACCAGUUCCAUUUCAAAGUGCAUGAGGUUUUUAUUCCUCAGCUUGUGGUGGGAGUUACUGGAGCUCGGUGCUUCCCGGUUCCCGGGUUUGUCUGGAGUUUGGUUGACCUAAGUGGGCAGCGAGUAUCUGUCACGGACAAGUCUAUGGGACUGUCGUCAUAGAUUGAACCGUAAAUCUCAGAUCUGUCCGUCUUGGUCUCGUUUUGGAGUCCUGGAUCGGUAUCGAUGCGACACCGAUUGCUUCUCGUUGAGCGUUAAGCUGACGUAGAAACGCCAUUGGACCAAUUCUGGCAUUGGAAAAGUCAGUGUUAAACUGUAGCAUCUGCCUCUUUGUGUUUUUCACGCCUCUUGUUAUGUUUGUUGAGCUUUCAUUUCCUCCUACUCUUCUCCGUCUCUCUUCUACCUCACCCUUUUUAUUCAUCACUUUCUGACCUAAUCUCUUGAGACAUUGUUCAUCUAUCUUUCGCUGUGUUCCUCUAUUAACAUCCUGUCUCUCCAACGUUUUCUGUUACUCUCAUGGUUUCCAAUUUUUGCUCCAGUUAAUUAACGGUUUGUCUGAUCUGUUCCUGCCGUCACCGUAUCUGUCUAUCCGCUCUUUCGCCUCGGCCCCUCAGGACAUCAGGGACCUCAGCCACCGUGGCCACCGUAGCCACGCAACUCCGACCUUUUCACCGUCUUUUAAAGCAGAUUUGACCCCCGUUCUCAACUGACUGUGCUCAUGGUCUUGACCUGUGUGUACAAAUCAAACUUUAAGCAUAAUUCAUUUUUCACUCCAUUUCUAACUGGCAGUCUUUAUUCGACUGCUUCCCACUGGCAUUUAAAAAAAAAACAAUUUUUUUUUAUUUUUAUUUUACAAAAGAAGGCAAAGCAGAUGUUUUUUAAAAAAGGUUUUGGAUUUUUAAAAGGUUAUGUGCAGGAGAUAGAAGUCAAAUAUAUUUCGGAAAUAAUAAAUAUGUUAAAAUAUUGAUGCAAAAAAUGCACAGUACCGUGAUAACCAGAUAACUUAUAUAAAUAUCCUCUCCAGCUAGAAAUUCCAACAAAAUGUGCCGUUACUUUGCAUUUUUCUUGUAAGUUUGGAUUUUUAUUCUACUCUCUGACAUCUACAGAAUGCAGAAUAAAUGUAAUCAUUAUUGUGUUUAAUUUUACCAGAUGGAUUUUACCUCCUUACACCUCAGCUGCAGUAAAACCCGUGGACACCACAUUUUAGUUCUCAGUCAAAUCAUAAGUGGGAUUUUUAAGGAACUGUGUAAACUACACCAUCAGAUAUUAUCUAGUUUUUGUGAAACGUGUAUAUUUACAGAAGCCUUUUGUCUUUGAUUUUGUGAUCUCGGCAAGUAUAAUCAGUCAGCUUUGAUGCUUUUUGUUGUUUUGAAUCUCCUUUGUAUGUCCGUAUCCACUUCAGUCUUUCUGUCAGUGUUUCUUUUCUACAUGGUUUGUGACUGCUGCAGUGUUCCUGUAUCUGUUUGGAGUAUGAACCUGACCUGA